AUAGGGAUUUUGGGUACUGAUAUAGUGCCUGCCAGUAUAGAGUAAAAUCUUGUAAUUGUCGUUCUCUAUAUUGCUUAUCUUUGACACUAGUUUCGCGCGCUUUUUCUACAACAAACAAGUUACGAGGGACUGCUGUGUUGCAGGAAAAUUAAAAUAUGUCUUCAAGUGUCUAUGAUGAUGAUGAUUUACUGGGUGAUCCAACAACUAUUGAAGAAAUAGUAGAAGUUGAAUUAGAGGAACAGGAAGAAGCAGAAGGCAGUGAUAAUGAUCAAAAUCAUGUGGAGGAUGGCCAUGCUGAGACUGAAGAGAAUCCUCUGCCAGAGCUUCAAACUGCACCAGAAGGAGUACCAGUUGACCCAAAGAAGAAACGAGUUGUUAAAAAUCCACAACCAAAAUUAAAUCCUGUAAGGCUUAUGGGCCCACGUGGGAUCGCAGUGCUUGAAGAUACAUUUAAAGAUUUCCAGUUCAGUGGUAAAGGUUUUGAAAAAUCAGAUUUGAAUCAGUUGAUGAAACGACUUGAACAUUGGGCUCACAGACUGUUUCCAAAAUUCACUUUUGACGAUUGUCUGCAGAAAAUAGAAACUUUAGGCCACAAAAAGGAAGUGAAGACGUAUGUGAAGAGACUUAGGAUGGGUCUUGUCAAUGAGGUUGAACCAGCCUCACUUUGUGAUGAGGUUAACGAAAAGGAAGAGCAGAUUGAUGAACCAAUUGAUGCUUUUGAUGCUCUUAUUGGCCAGCAAUUAUCUUUAAGUCAUGUGUCUCAGGCUCACAUGGCACAUCAGAAUGCUUCACAUUCUUCAGCACAGCCUCAGACGCAGUCAGUAGUCAAGACACUUACAGAAGAACAAAAAGAACGUAUGCGACGUAAUAGACUUAUUGCAGAACAGAGAAAAUUAGAGAGACUUAAGGCACAACAGAUGGCCAGCUUAAAUGAUAUACCAGAAGCUACACAGGAUUAUAACUCUUCCUCAAAUGAUAAUUUGAAUCCACAAAAUACAAAUGAUGCAGUGAUUUCUACUGAGACUGAAACAAGUGCAGCAAGUCAAAACAGUGCUAAUAUUAAUCAAACAGACAACAUGAUGGAACUGGAUUUGCAAUCAAGUUAAUUUGUCUGCUUAUUUUAUAACUAAAAUUCAUAAGGAACAAAUACAAUUAUUUUUGCAUAAUGCGUAAAAA